AUCAUGAACUGACUCCUCGUUUAAAAGAAAACAAAACUCAGAGUCUCUCUCUCUCUCUCUCUCUCUCUCUCUCUCUCUCUCUCUCUCUCUCUCUCUCUCUGUGAGUUCAGGAAAAUGGCAGAGGCAAGUAUUUCAGUAAAUCAACUUUCAGUGGAUGAGUUCAGCUGUCCAGUUUGUCUGGAUCUACUGAAGGAUCCGGUGGCUAUCCCCUGUGGUCACAGUUUCUGUAAGGUGUGUAUUAAUGACUGCUGGAAUCGGGAAGAUAAGAACAGAGUGUAUAGCUGUCCUCAGUGCAGAGACACUUUCACUCCAAGGCCUGUUCUAAGAAGAAACAACAUGCUGGCUGAAGUGGUGGAGAAACUGAAGAAGACUGAAGUCCAAGCUGCUUCUCCUGCUCACUGUUACGCUGGACCUGGUGAUGUGGAGUGUGAUUUCUGCACCGGGAGAAAACACAAAGCCGUCAAGUCCUGUCUGAUGUGUCUGGCAUCCUUUUGUGAAACUCACCUGAAACCUCACUAUGAAGUUCCUGGUUUAAAAAGACACAAGUUAGUCGAAGUUUCUGGAAAUCUACAAGAGAAGAUCUGCUCUGAGCAUGAUAAAGUGCUGGAGAUCUACUGUCGUACUGACCAAAGCUUCAUCUGUUAUCUGUGUAUGACGGAUGAACACAAAAGCCAUGACACCGUCUCAGUUAAAGCAUACAGAACUGAAAAACAGAGUGAGCUAAAGGGGGAGCAGAUGAAAUCCCAGCAGAGAAUCCAGGAAAAGCAGAAGAAAGUGCAGGAGCUGAAACAGGCUGUGAACACUAUAAAGCUCAGUGCACAGACAGCAGUGAAGGGCAGUGAGAGGAUCUUUACUGAGAUGAUCAGCUCCAUGGAGAAAAGGCGCUCGGAGGUGAAAGAGCUGAUCAGAGCUCAGGAGAAGGCUGAACUGAGUCGAGCUGAACGACUCCUGAAGCAACUGCAGCAGGAGAUCGCUGAUCUUCAGAGGAGAGUUACUGAGCUGGAGCAGCUUUCACACACACACAAUCACAUCCACUUCCUCCAGCGUUUCCAGUCUCUCUGUGUCUCUUCUGGAUAUGAGGACUCACCCAGCAUCACUGUCAAUCAACAUCUCUCAUUUGAUGGAGUGAGGAAAUCUCUCUCUACUCUGAAAAAUAGACUUGAGGAAUUCUGCCAGAAGGAAUUCAUCAAAAUCCCUAAACAUGUACAAGAGGGUGUGGGUGCCCAAAAUGGCAGCCUCAUACAGCUUAAUUGUAGGAGGAUCAAACCCUGCCAAGAAACAUUCCUGAAAGAACUCCAGGACUGUAGAAUGUAGCAUGUAGGACAUUUUCCAUCUAAGAAUCUAUGAUCUGGUGCCCCUCAGAGCUGAGGGUGUUCCUGCCGAGGGUGAUAAAUCAAUCAUCUGGCUUGAGACAAUAGAUCCCUGCGAAUGGGAAUCUCCCAGGCAGUGCCGUCCAGCAGAGAUAUUAUCUCAGAGAAUGAUAUACGAGCUGGCCAAUAAGGCCAAACUGUAAUACUGAAUGAAUGUGUGUGGUGUAGACCACCCCACCGCUUCAUACAUCCUGCAUGCAUUCCCCUUAGAUAAAGCAUUUGAGGAGGUGACCCCCCUAGUGGAAUGAAUCCUUAUGCCCAGAGGCAUGGUGUGAUCAUGCGCCUCAUAAGCAAUAGAGAUUGCUUACGCUAUCCAAAUAGAGAUGCGCUGUUUUGAUGCAGUAUCACCUCUAAUGUCACAGCCAAGCAGACCAGCAACUGCUCUGACUUAUGCCGAUGGCCAGAGCAGUGGACGUAAGUACAAGGAGCCCUCACCUGACACAGUAGGUGCAAUCUUCCUUGUUCCCGUGUAAGGAAUCUAGGAGGGGAGUAAGCCUGCAACACUACCAGCUGGGCAGCAGACAUAGGCACUUGGAUAUAGGGAGGCCUUGGCUAAUCCAGGGGCAAAGUCAAGGCAGGAAGGGGCAACAGAGAUGUCAGGGCCAGCCAAAAGAGCCAACUUUAGGGUCAUAAGCUUAUCUGAAUCUGACUCUAAGGGAUCAAAUGGGGUGUCUAACAGACCUUCCAGGACCACAGAAGGUCCCAGGAAGGUAUGUGUGGUCUGCAGAUGGGCCUCAGCCAUCUGACACCAUGCAUAAUCCUUAAAGUUAGAGGAUGUUGUCUCACAGAGGCUUCAUCAGUAGGGGCAUGGCUGGCCAAAACGAUGGCCACAUAGACCCUAAUUGUAGAAGGAACCAACCCUGCUGAGAAAUGUUCCUGUAAGAACUGCAGGACUGUAGCUAUUGCACAGUUUACUGGGUCUCACUGGUGUUCCUCAGAACACAAUAAAAAAGUUGCAACUUGAAUGCAUACAAUUUCUCAUAGUUGGUGCUCUAGCGUUAAACAUGGGUUCUACAACCUCGGUUGAGUGGCCGGAAUCUAUGAGCUGGUGCCCCUCUGUGACCAGACUCAAUUUCCAUAGUUCUAGCCUAGGGUGAUAAAUCAACUUUCUGGCUUGAGACAAUAGAUCCCUACAAACGGGAAUCUCCCAGGGAGUGCCGUCCAGCAGAGAUAUUAUCUCCGAAAACCAAAUUUGAGCAGGCCAAUUCAGUGCUACUAGCAGCAGAUGUAUCACAAUCUUGGCAAAUUCUUGCUAGAGCCUGUCGGAGCAGAGUGGUCGGGGGAAAGGUGUAGACGUGCUCCCAGCCAUGUGUGUACCAUGGCAUCCAGCCCUGACCCUUUUUUUGCUGUGGGAGGAGUGAGGGCAAACCACAGUGGGCAGCAUGUUGUCUAGUCGGAGGUGAACACGUCCACUUCCACUUGGCUGAACCUCCACCUUAUGGGGUCACCCACUUGUGGAUGGAGCCUCCAAUCCACGGGCCUCAGCCCCUGCCUAUACAGGAUGUCUGCCCCCACAUUCCGGUUGCCCAGAAUGUACAUUGCACUCACUGACAAAACUUCCCCUCUACCAGAGAAGAAUUAGUUGAGCCUGCCUUAACAGGGGGCACAAAUGUAAUCCUCCCUGGUGGUUAAAAUAUGAGACCACCGUUGUACUGUCUAACACAUAGUGAGCUCUCAAUGAGGAGAAGUAUUUCAGUGCUAGGAGCAUGGCCCACCCUUCUAGGCAAUUUAUACACUAGAUAUGGGCCUCUCCAGAGAUCGUGAGGGAGGUGCCUGACAUUACCUUCUUGCCAUAAGAGAUGCCCUAGUGACCCGAGGCUAGAAACCGGGGACACCUCCAAGUUUUCAGAGCACGUAGGUAUUGCUGCAUGACACUGAUUACUCUCAGGGGUUUUAUCUGAGGACAAGCCACUACUGAAUGGUCUUAUGUGCAGUGGGUCCAUUGGUAUGACCUUGGCUGCUGCUGCUAUAAGUCCCAACAGUCUCUGUAGAGAAUGGAGGGGAUGCACAGACCAAACUUUAUCUUCCUCAAUAUUGAUUGGAUUGCCCUACAGAUGUUGGGGAUAGACAUGCCCUUAUCAUAUAAGAAUCCGAUAUAACCCAUAGAAAAAUCGCUCUUGAUUGGAAAAGCAACUUUCCUAAAGGUUUAACCUGAGCCCCAAGCUCCUUAUCUGGGUGAGAACAACAUCUCAAUGUUGAAUCGCUAACUUCCCAGACCAUGCUAGAAUUAACCAGUCGUCCAGGUGGUUCAGCACACGGAUGCCCUGGAAUCGCAAAGGAGCCAGUGCGGCAUCCAUGCACUUUGUGAAGGUGUAUGAUAAAGCUAAUCAAAGGGAAAAAACGAUAUUGAUAUGUGUUGCUUAUUCUCCAAACGUGAACCUCAGGAACUUCCUGUGACUGGGCAAUGGAAUAUCCACCUUUUUUAGAUCUGUCAUCAGAAACCAUUCCUCAAACUGAGUCUGUGGAAUGCUAAGUUUGAGUGUCAACAUCCUGAACCUGUAUGUCCGAAGAGAAUGGUUCAGAUGAGGAAGAUCUAAAAUUGGUCAUACUCUGUCUUUGCUGCAGACCAGGAAAUAAUGGCUGUAAAACCUCCCUCCCUCAGAGAAAGAGGUACAUGUUCUAUGGCCCCGUUAUCCAAGAGAGAUCUACUUUCUGGUCUGACGUCAGGCUUUGCAUUGUGUUGAGUACUGUGGUGAGCAUGCCUCUGAAAAGGGGGAUUCAAGCUAUGAACUGGACCCAGAACCCUUUUCUACAGAGGACAAAAUCCAUGGAGACACAUUUGCCAGUAGUUUCCACACUGCCAGAUGGUCUUUAGUGAUGUUAACUUUCCAUAUUUUGUUGUAGGGAAAGCAUCAGAUUUCUUUUGCCCUGUUAUAGCUUGCUGACCAGAGAAACUGAAAACUUGGGACAACAUUGAUUAGGGGAGCCCUACAGUAAUACUUGGAGCUAACUGCCCUAACAACCUCUCGUCCUCUGAUACCUCCCUCCGCGGCCCCUCAGGACCACUUCUUUUUGCCUUUUCGGCACUGAUCAUCAUUUUUAAAUCAGGCCUAAUAGCAGACUGCAACUGUGGCCACCCAGUCCCCCUGGCUUUCUGUAGGGGGAAGCGGGCCACCACAUUCACCUUCUGUGCCUCCCUCACAAUUCUGCAGGUCUGCUUGGUAGGCCUGCAACACUGCCAUUGUAUGCCAAGAUCCACAAGUAAGACCCUCUGCCACACAGGCUUCGGCAACCAAUGCCGAGGUGGUUUUACAUGGCCUGGAUGGCAAAACCGGCCCCUCUGAUUUUGUUGCCACUGAUGGAGAGAGGUGGCUCCCAAGUACCUCAUCCACCUUCUGUAACACAAAAUAGCCAUACUGUCUGUCCCCCACAAUGGCCGAAUAAUCCGAUGUCACAGAGUUAUGAACAUGGCCUUCUCCAGAAGCGUGAUGCUUCAUUGUGUACUUCUGGGGAAAAAGGGGUGUUUUCUGCGGUGUGAGGGAGCGCUCUCCUUCUCACUGUCUCCCACUCUGGCUCCUUGGAGUCAGAGAAGGUGGGUUGAUUCUUUUUUUUUCAAUUAGUAUUUUCCACUCCAUUAAAAAUUAUGUGUCGGUUGACUCCCCAUACCAGAAAGAGAAUUCGCUUUGUGAGCCCCAAAACCUGGAAGUAGAGAGCCGGCUCUGGAGGAAAGUGCGAGAGAUAGAGCAGCGCUCAUCUCCGAUUCCCCCUCCAGAUCCAUACGGGACCCCCAUGAUCUUAGCUAGCUGGCUGCCUCAACAGCAGCUGGCCUAGAAUCCUGAGGUUCCAAAACCCAUCUCAGCUGAUGCGAGAGAGCCGGGAGCCACACCACAGCACAUGUGACUGUGCUGAAGACAAAAGAGCUAAUGCACGGCAGGCCUAUAAAUAGGCAUGAUUUUACACAGACUUCAGAUACCAGUCGCGUGCGAGGGUUCUUCCCACAGCGUGAAGCUCACACAACGUUGAGUUCCCUUUGAAAGGUAACACUAAUUAAACAUCAUACACAAACUAUAUCACUUUAAACUGUUUCCAUCUUUUACAACACCUGAUUUUUCCAUCUCCAUUUUG